AUGUCGUGCGCGACACGCCUUCUCUCAUUUCUCGGGUGCCACUGGAAUGUUCAGUCGGGCCAGUCAGUUGCAGUGCCCUGGUACUGUCGCUCGUCAGCGAGGAUAGCCGAUGCGGUGUCGGGAGUGCUGAGGGGGGAGGGCUUGGCCCUUGUGGUUGCAGGUGGUGGUAAGGAAGUAGGAACAGGGGGUGGCAGUGUCGGGGGUCUGGGGGAACAUGGGCUUGAGUGGGGGUUGCCUCAGAAAGAGCAAGACGGCGGGUGUUUCUCUCUUGGUGUGACCGGUGGCAGUAUCGAUCAGCAAUGCCGCACAGACGUUUGCGCGCCGAAAUAUGCGUGCGACAGCUUUAACCUAACCACUUCGGUGGAAAGCGGAUUUCUGUUCGAUACGGUGUCGGGAGUGCUCAAGGGGAGAGGGCUUGGCCCUUGUGGUUGAAGGUGGCAGGGAAGUAGGAACAGGGGGUGGCAGUGUCGGGGGUCUGGGGGAACAUGGGCUUGAGUGGGGGUUGCCUCAGAAAGAGCAAGACGGCGGAUGUUUCUCUCUUGGUGUGACCGGUGGCAGUAUCGAUCAGCAAUGCCGCACAGACUUUUGCGCGCCGAAAUAUGCGUGCGACAGCUUUAACCUAACCACUUCGGUGGAAAGCGGAUUUCUGUUCGAUACGGUGUCAGGGGUACCAGGGAAGACGGGGCCGAGUUUUGUUUGAUUUCGGGUGGAUGAGGUUGGGGUUUUGUUCGUUUUUCUCCAUCUAAGGUUCGUGCCUAGAGUUCAGCUGUAGUGUUUCGACAAAAGUUUUGUUGACUUAGAGGCAAACAUUCCUAGCUAUUGGGCAUCGAGUUAAUUUGGCUUGGAAUCACGGCCUUUACGAUCGACUUUUUAUGUAUGUCUGCAUUUAUCUGCAAUUGUCGGAGGGCAAACAAAAUAAUAA